AAUAGCAUAAGGGGAAAGCAUAGAGAAAGUUGAAGGAAGACAUUCAUUGGAGGGAAUGAAAGGGUGAAGAAAGAACGGUUAAUUUGAAGAAACCCAAAAUCUCAGAAUCAAUCUCGUUUAUUCGAAUCCAACCAUCCAUCCAUCCAUCCAUAAACGUAUUCAAUUCAUUCAUGAUCCCUCUCACGCUACCACCAUGCCCAAAAUGAAGCAUCUUCUCCGAAAGCUUCACAUCGGUGGUGGCGCCGCAACUGCUACUACUACUCCUACUCCUACUCCUACCACCACCACCAUCACCAACCACAACGCCGCCGCAUUGCCUCACUCUCCCACCACCACUCCUUCACCUCCUCUUCCUUCUUCCUCCUCCUCCGCCCUCCCCUCUCCGGACGCCGCCGGCGACUUCAAUUUGUUGCAGGAAGAAGAGUUUCAGAUGCAGUUGGCCCUAGCAAUCAGCGCUUCGUCUUCCGAUCCUAAUGUUAACGCAGAAUCUGCUCAGAUCGAUGCUGCUAAACAGAUCAGCCUUGGCUACUCAGCUUCUGUCACUGACACCCAAGCCCUCGUUCAGUUUCAAUCUCUUCGUUACUGGAAUUAUAAUGUCAUUGAUUAUAAUGAGAAAGUGAUGGAUGGGUUUUAUGAUGCGUAUGGGAUCACCUCGACUUUGAUUGAACAAGGGAAGAUGCCGUUGUUGGUGGAUCUGCAAAGUACGUCUCUCUCGCGAAAUCUUGAGUGUGAAGUAAUUUUGGUGAAUCGUUUUGUUGACAGUGAGCUGAAUCAGCUUGAGAUAAAAGCAUGCACUUUGUUCAACGAGUGUUGUGUUUCUGAGCUAGGGCUAAUUUUGAGUGGCAUACUUCAGAAACUUGCUGAUAUUGUUGUUAAUAGAAUGGGAGGACCAGUUGGAAAUGCUGAUAAAAUCACAAAAAGGUGGGCUAUGAGGAGUCGUGAGUUACGAGACUCUUUAAGAACCAAUGUCCUUCCCCUUGGAUAUCUCGAUAUUGGACUUUCGCGUCACCGAGCCCUACUUUUUAAGGUACUUGGAGAUAGGAUCAAUAUUCCCUGCAUGCUGGUAAAAGGGAGCUACUACACAGGAACUGAUGAUGGAGCUGUCAAUUUGAUUAAAGAUGAUGACGGAAGUGAAUACAUCAUUGAUUUGAUGGGGGCUCCUGGCACUCUUAUUCCUGCUGAGAUUCCCAGCAGUCAGCUCCAAAACUGUGGUUUUGCUGUUAGGGGUUGUGCAGAGAUUGUAGGACUACCUAACAGUACAAAUGUGAUGCUUGAUGCUGUAGCUGGUGUGCCUGUAGUCUUGUCUGAUCAUGGUAGAAUGCCAACCGUGGGGAGGUUCCAGACAGAAUUAUUGGAUAUGGGUUACCAAACAAAACCAGAUGAAGUAAAUCAUUCUAAAGUAAAUGAAAAAGGGAUAUUUGAACAUACAAAAGCAUAUGAAUGUUCACAUACAGAAUCAUCACAUGCAGAAAACAUGCAUGUAAAAAAUGUCUCCAAUUAUGUUCGCAGUGCAGCACAGAACCCAGAAUUUGGCCCAGAACUGCACCGUAUUCUAUUUGAGAGUGGUGCAUCCCCUCCGCCUGAUCUUUUUUCAGAUAUAAAUCCUCGAGAUUGGGGUCGAGAGGCUGUUCAAUCUGACCCAAAUAGGCUGUUAUUAAGCUAUGAAAAGUCUCUCAUAAACUCUCAAGGUGUAGGCUCUGCCAGAGAUACUUGGUCAUGUCAAUCUGCUGACCGCUUAGCUGGAAAACAAAAACAAUUGCAUACAGAUGCCAUUGAAUGUUCUGAUUCUUCACAGGGUGAUAAUACGAGCAAUGGGAUUUUGACAGUUUCUGAUAGAGAUAAUGGUUUGGAGCAGUCUAAUCCAUUAACUGUUGAUUGCGAUUCUAUCAAUACACGUCAGACAUGUAAAGAGAAGUGUGUUGAGUCUUCCUUGCCCAAUGCAGUUCUUUCUUGCAAAAGGCACAAUGGUGUUGACUGUUAUCAUGACGAUGAUGAAAACGGUCUUAGAAAUAAGGUUGGAGCUUCUUUCAAAAACAGUGCGUUGGGGAAAGAUUCAGCCAUUCAAAUAAAUGAGAUGGUCAAUGGGGAUUGUACCCUACAUGAUGAUCAAAGCAAGAAAAUUAGCUCAGUGCUUGGUGAAGGCACAGAUUGGGAAAUUCAAUGGGAGGAGCUUCGUAUUGGUGAGCGUAUUGGUAUUGGUUCUUAUGGUGAAGUUUACCGGGCUGAUUGCCAUGGCACCGAAGUUGCUGUAAAGAAGUUUCUGGACCAAGAUUUCUCUGGUGAUGCACUAGCUCAGUUCAAAUCUGAAAUUGAGAUCAUGUUAAGGCUGCGGCAUCCUAAUGUAGUGCUCUUCAUGGGAGCAAUUACUCGUCCCCCGCAUUUCUCUAUCUUGACAGAAUUUCUUCCAGGAGGCAGCUUAUAUAGGCUCUUGCAUCGUCCCAAUCUUGUACUUGAUGAGAAGAGACGGUUGCGUAUGGCUCUUGAUGUGGCUAAGGGAAUGAAUUACUUGCACACCAGCCAUCCUCCCAUUGUUCAUCGAGAUUUAAAGUCUCCAAAUCUUCUUGUUGACAAGCAUUGGGUUGUAAAGGUCUGUGAUUUUGGUCUGUCAAGUUUGAAGCACCAUACAUUUUUGUCAUCCAAGUCUUGUGCUGGAACGCCUGAGUGGAUGGCACCAGAAAUCUUAAGAAAUGAACCAGCCAAUGAGAAGUGUGAUGUGUAUAGUUUUGGUGUGAUCUUGUGGGAGUUGAUUACCACAAAAAUCCCGUGGAAAGGUUUGAACCCAAUGCAGGUUGUUGGAGCUGUUGGAUUCCAAAAUAAACGGCUUGAAAUUCCAGAAGAUGUGGAUCCAGUAGUAGCACAGAUAAUACGUGAUUGCUGGCAGACGGAGCCACACUUGCGGCCAUCAUUCUCACAGCUGAUGUCUCGUCUUUACCGUCUUGUACAACAGGGCGUCCGCAAAACGGGCUCGACACAUUAAAUGAAGUUGUGCAUAGAUUAUUGUAAUAAUACUAAAGUUGUCCCUUGGUUCAAAGAACCAGAGCAGCCUGUUAGUUUUUCAUGUUGACAUAUGAAGAGAUUGCUGAACUAGGAAGUUUCGGUUCACCUAAGUUAGUAGUGGAUAGAACCUGUUCAAAGAAUAGGGCACCCCACCAAUAUGUGCAUAAGUGCAGUGGAGGCUUAGUUAGUAGGUACUAUUGAAGAAUCCCCAAGGGGAAGCAAAGAAAGAAAAAAGAAAAAAGGUACAAAAUUAUUCUUUGUCUGUAGAGGUCGUCUUUGGAAUUGUAAACAUGCGAUCUCUCAGGUUAUUGUGGAAAAUGUAAAAAGAAAUACAGAAACAGAAACCCGAAAAAAAAAAAGGAAAAGCCAUUUAUGUAUCUCCCAUUACUCAGCUUGAGUUUUUCUCAAGUAUCAUUCCUUGUUAAUUGUUGUGAUCAUUCUCUAAAGAGCUAGUUUGAUUAUUUGCACGGAUUGAAA